CUACGUUCUCAUUAUUCUGCGCUUUCUUGGCAGACGCGAUCAUCGGGGUACAAGUCAAAUCGCGAAGCCAAUGUCGUAUAAGGCCGGCGGUUUUGCUGACCAACGAUCUCGCCGGCGUUUCAUGAGCCUUGACAGGAUACGUGCGAAUACGCGACAUUACUGCCGGCGAUUAACGACGAGCGACCGUAUGCGUCCGCAUCAACGACGUUACAACAACGAACGCGUCCCAUCUCUACGAUCUAUGCCUGAUCGCGGGAAGGACGCUGCUGCUGCUGCUUCCCGAUCGCAGAUGCGCACGUCGACGACGAUCACGUCGCUACCGUAGCCAUGGUUGAGAUACCAAAGGAUUGUGUUCUGCAGUGGGCUGGUCACGCGGGAUAUAUUACAGAGAGAUUCAGCGGUUUAUUGGCACGUCAGGCUCUAGUCGAUGUCACAUUGAUCUGCGAUGAACAAAAGCUACGUGUUCACAAGCUGGUUUUAGCUUCGAAUAGUAUAUACUUUGAGGAAAUAUUGCAACAAGACUUGGGGCAAGAACCAAUUAUACUUUUGCAUGACUUGGACUUUGAAAUUUUGAAGGCCAUGGUCGAAUUCAUGUAUUGUGGAGAAACUACAAUAUCUCAUCAGCAUUUGUCAUCUUUGCAUACUGCAGCACAAAUUUUUAAGGUUAAAAAAUUGGUAUCUGUGAUUGAUACUAUUGUUGAUUCAAAAAAGAUUUUGAACGGUUUUGGAAAUUGUCUAAUGCAACAGAGAGAAGAUUGUAGUUUAAAAGUUGCAAAUGGUUUGCUUAUGGAAAAUGAUUACGUCUGUGUUAAAUGUGAUAAACUAAUAAAUAUGGAUAAGAAUAUCUGUACUGGUAAUAAUAAUAACGACGUAAGCUCAACCAAGAAUCAAUCCUUUGAGAACGACAUGACUGAGAUCACUGAGCAUGAUGUAGACCACACUUUAUACGAAGAAUCAGAUGUGAUCAAUGCCAGUAAAGAAGAUGUGGAUACUUCAUUCUUAACCUCUGAUGUAGAUAUAAGUAUGCAUAGCGAUACUAUUAACACUGUAUCUAUGCAAUUAAGUAAGGUAAACGAAGUACAAACAAGGUGCACGAGCAGCAGCAAUAGAGACGAAACGUACUGUAAUAGUCACGAUUUAAAACCUAUCUUAUAUGAGCAAUGCUGUGAUUUUUCCUGUGUAAACGAACGUGAUCAAACUUCUAUUUCUACAUUAUCGCAAUCUUGCCUUCCACAAAUCGAAAAUGAUGUGGAACACUGUUCCGGGAGUAGCACAGAUGUUCCUAGCAUAGUAGGGAAGUGCGUCAAGGUUUAUACACCCAAGCGACGCAAGUCCAUUGACGAGGUCCGCAAUAAGCUUGUAUAUACGCAAUGCAAUUUAGUGCCAACCCCACCGCAUUCUACAGAUUCCAUAGAUUUACUAGAUGAGCCGUCCGCUAACGAUUUACCAGUUACUCUAUUAACAUCUUUAGAUAUGGAGAGUGCCGAAUAUAUCUUGAGCUUAAGCACAGAGAGUAUACAAUCGAUAGUAGGUGGUACUAUAAGCGAUCAACAUACAGUGAUCGGAUCUAAAGAAAUAAAUGCGGAGGAAGAUGUCGAUAAGCGAUUGAAUAAUCUAAUGAGUGAUACAAAUUAUAGAAAGCCAGUUCUAAGACGGAGCACACGACUGAAUCAACAAGAGAGCGAUGAAACUAUGAACAAUGACUUCUCGUUGAGAACCUUUGCGGGAACAGAAAAAUUGUUUAAAAAAGGGAAUUCUCCUAAUAGAACGGAAUCAUGUGCGAAAACGAAACGCAAAGGGAAGGAAGAUCGUAAAGUGCCAGAUCACAACACGAUUGCAAGCUCAGUACAAUCUCACAAGAAGAACAGCAGGAAAAGUAAUUCGAAGUUGAUAGUGAAAAAAAAUAACAAGCCUGUAUGUACAAUGGCCAGUAGUAAGGAGAAAGAAGAAUCGAGAUCGAAGGAAGAAGGAAAAUCGAAGACUAAUAACAAAUUUAAAGCCGAUACAGAGAAAUUAACGACGUCGGAUCAACACUCCAUUGUUUCGUCUAUAAAAUCCAAUACAUGCGAAUGCAUAAAUCGCGCCUUAUGGGGCGAUAUGUCCGACAUGUUAGACUGUUGGGAAAGCGAAAUAGAUUUGCAUGCGUAUCCAUCCAAUACCGAGAUUCCCUUUGCCGUUGGCUUGCUACCUCUGCGAACCGCCCUGGAGAAAAUGCAAGCGAUGCCGGAUUAUCAACCGCGCAAAACACGUUCAUCAGUUGCUCCGUUAAAGCAAGAUGCAGCUAAUAGCCAGAAGCGAAAAAACUGCGCACCUUUGGAAGCUAUAGUACCAUCGAAAAAACAAAAUGGCAAUAACAAUAACGAGAGCCCAAACACUGUAUAUCACAUAGAGAUACGAACAGCAUCGUCGCAGUGCGUAAAAAAUCGUAGACGUUUCCUUCCGGAUUCGAUCACAAGUCUGCCGGCGACUAACGUGACGAAUGGUGAAAUUGAAAGGAAAACAUAUGCAUAGCGAUGUAUGCAACUACGCGAUAUACACAUGGUCUUGACACUGCGCAGGAAGAUAGAGAUUAAAGAAAGAAACAUAGCAGUGUUUCUAUUUAUAGCUGCGUAAUUUCAUUGGCCGCACGAAUACGACGAAUCUAUACGCAACUAGCCAGCAAUCUUUAUUAGUAUGUACAUGUAUUUGCUUGUUUCAUAAGUCAACCAGAAGAAUGAUUAGACUCGAUAUCUCUUUCACGCGCACAUGUAUGUAUAUGAAGGAAGUUGAUUUCAUAAAUGAACACAAAUAUUACAUACGAACUCUGACCCACGUACAUGAUCCAUAUUUAUCUCAAAACGUGGCUAGUAAAUUAUUAAUGCUUUGUGUAUAUUACUAUAAAGAAUAUAAUUUUUCCUCACGAAAUGAAAUAUCAAAAAACAAAAGUAUGAAAAAUUAUCUCAAUCUUACACGUAUAUAUAAUAUUUAUAUAAUAUAACGUAUUUGUGUAGAAUAUAAAUGUAAAAUUUACACAAAAAUUUUCUCUAUAGCAUACAAUUAUAUCAAAUUAAUCAACAGAGAUUGUUAAAUCACGGCAGGUUUGACUAAUUUAAAUGAAUUUUUUAUCAUGUCAGAGAGAAAAAGAAAGAUUGCACGUGAUUUUAAUUUUUUUCCUCACGCCUAAGCACAUUGUACGGUAAGUUCCUCUCGUUUCGGUAUAUAAAUAACAGCUUCUAGAACUAGUAAACUAUUCAAGCUCGUAAUAUCACGUAAUAAUCGAGCUCGUUAACCGGGAUUUUGGUCAACAACAUCUUGUUAUGCAAAACUGAUUCAGAUCUGACUGGAUAAAUUGUUACAUUUUAUAAAGAACAUUUUUCAUAAAAACAAACAUUUUUCUAUAAAAAAUAUGUCGAUUAGAAUUGAUAGAGAAAUUUAAUUUGAAAUUAUGUAUAUAAAUUUCAUCAUAAACAAUUCGCGCAUCCUAUAGUUGUUACAAUGGAAAAUGCGACGUGUUGUAAUUUUGUCAAAAAUUAUAAUCCUGUUUCGCAAUCUCUAGUUUGUUCAGUCGCCGAUAAACAAUUACUUUGUUGAGAGAUUCAAGUAUUACACGUUGAACCUUAGGGCCAAUUUUAUCAAUGUCACAAGCUCGUCAUAAUUAAUUGAACUGUCUAUCACUUUCAGUAUUACAAUCAGCCUGUUACGUAGAUAUUACUACGACCUAGAAAUGGAAAAUCACAUUUAGCCAGUAGCGAGAAAAAGAAAGAGAGUUAUCAGUUGGAUCGGUUCUUUCAAUGUCAAACCGAGAAUACGGGCCAACGCGUUCACCACAGAUUAGCAUCGAGGAGGAGGACGAGGUUGACGCAGCCACGGUGCAAUCAAUGAGCGUAUAUUGAUCUCAACCUUUCGCGGAAUCUAACACCUGCAGAGAGGCGGAUCACCCUAUGCGCGUAAGAGGAGAGACGCGAUGAUCAUCUUGCGUUGGAAUCUUGCCGGACGCUCUCUUCGAACGUGCGCGCGAUACAAUGCUUCGAGAUCCAAGUGAAAUAUUCUGUCCCCCUCCUUUUCUAGAUUUAACAAAGUGAUAAAGUUUCGACAGAUGUGUGUGCAUGCAUUUGUACAAAUUUUUAUUUUAAUGUUGAAAUACAAAUCUUUAAUGUUUAUUUCGCGCGCGUUGGAUAAGUUUUACAUUCAGAAACAACGCGCAAUGUAAGAUAAGAUCGUGCUCGAUAUCGAUAAAAAUUUGAGAACGCGAGUUUUAUUCAUUUAUCUCUUCGAACUAAUAAUAGCAUUCGAGAUAUUUAGUUUUCUAUAUAAAGUCAAUGUUAUGUAACAUAUAUUUAUACAAUUUGGCAAUACGUUGUUGAUUUUCUAUAUAAAUACCAAAUAAAAAAAAAAUUAACGACACAAGAAACAGUUUAUAACGCAGUGCUCGCAAUAACAUACAUGUAUUAGAGAAACCAUAUAAUUAGACUGAAUGACAAAUAAUUAAUUUAUAUAUAUAAUGAAAGUAUAAUUUUUUACACCAAUACAAUAUUUUUACAAAAUCAAAA